AUGUCUUCAGCUAUCGAAUACUCCCGGUUUUCUCGGGGCGAGAGCUGCACAGAAGGAGGUUGUAAGGCCAAGAGAUACUAUAUAGAGGAUGGUAAAAAGUUUUGCCAACGAGGUCACGAGCAAACUGGCUUCACGCAAACCCAGCGAGAUGACGAUGACUGGAAAGAUACAGGCAAGAAAUCGCGCAAGCUGGAAGUCGACAAGCCGCGGGCAGAGCGGAUCUUGAGUGGUCGUGACGCGUUUGAGUUGUAUCUGUCGUGCUAUCAGUUGAUUUUGUGGAAGCAGUGUCAUUGGCUGGUCAAUGCUAAAGGCUUCCCUCCUGAGUUAGAAAUCAUAGUUAAGGAUCUUUGGAGUUUGAGGGUUGGCGCUCUGCUGAAGCUGGGAGAUGAAAAGAGUGCCUAUGGGUCUGCAUCGGGGACUCUGUGGAGCUCCGGUGGCGAGGGAGAUAAUACAGAAGAUACCGAUGCAUCUGGAGGAAGGAGUGCAUCGUCUAGGAGAAGCAAAACCAUUGUAGGAGAGGGUAGCUCUCCGAAGUUGAUUGAGACACUCGGCCUGUGUUAUUUGGGUAUGUUGCUCUUGCGACUGCCCAUAGGCAUAGGAGAGAUAUUCAAAUGGGUAGUAAAGGACGAGAUGGUGUACACUCGGGCAAUCAAAGAGGUGCCAAAAGAGAUGCGGAAUAGGUUGCCCGCUCAGCACUACUCUGCCCUCGAGAUUCGAGCUCCGCUCAAAGGCUCGAGUAUCCAUGGUGUCGUGCUGGAGUUAGUCGAGUUCUACAACAGGCAAUUCGAUAUGGAAUUCCCUUCUCUAAACUCUCCUCUACUCAUCUUUAAACACGUUAGAGAUCUGGGACUCCCAAUUGAGAUAUACGCUGCAACUCGUCGCCUGGCAACUCUGCUCGAAUUCGACUUUUCCUAUCCUAUCUUGCACCAGAGGGCUUAUACAACCGUGUCAUACCCGGAAAUACAGCUCAUAUGCAUGAUCGUGGUUGCGACUAAACUUUGUUAUCCAUUUGAUGACAUUGAGCGCUCUCCUCAAAGCCAUCUGGAUCCAACCACGUCGAAGAUUGAUUGGGAGAAAUGGCGUGAUACCAUGAUCGAGAAGCCUGCGGCCGGCCUGAAAAGGGGCGAAGAAAUUAUGGUCACUGACACAGACGUUUUGGGAAUGAAUGACAAGCAGAUGGAUGAUUACAUGGAUUGGUAUCAAAGGACAUGGAUGGAUGAUAGAAACUCUAAAAUGGCGGAGCAGAUUCUCGAAUUCUUCCCCCUCAAAGAGCUUCCUCCACAACUAGAUGAGGAACCUAAUUACGAGAGGAUAGUCGAUCUGGUGAAGCAGGUUCAGAGCAACCUUAUUGUUCAGAAACCAAAACCUAUCAAGCGGCACCAGAACGACGAUAUUAAACAGCCUGGAGAACUCUAUAGACGAUAUCGAAGCACACAAGAUCUACCCGACGACGCCAAGGCAUUUUUUGGGCUCGCAGCUCAAAAUACCGGGAUCCGCUUGAAAACGCUUGUGAGAGGGGUGUUCCAACUCGAAUUACGUCUAGAGAAGAUGGAAUUAGCAGAACGAAAAAGAAAUUUGUCGGCUAAGGGGCAACGAGAGCUUUCAUCAGAAGACGAAUGA